AUAAGGAUGUCUGAAUCUAUAUACAAAGUUCGCACUUAGAAAUAUUUGAAACCAAUCUUAGAAACUCAACUUAUAGGUAUAUCUAGAGUAAUUCUGGGAUUGCCAAUUGAUCAUGUAUUUGAUAGAUUCAAGACUCUACUUCAAGCAGAGAGCACCUAAUCAUCAAUAAAAUAAUUGUUCAAAGAUACUUAUAGAAGAAAUGGUGUUCUCAAAGGAGUAUUUGCUGGUUUCUCAUCUUAAAUCAGUAUUCAAUUGUUCAAACAAUACUAUAGGUAAAUUUCAAAAAAAUAUAUCAUAGAUGGCCAAUGAUGAUAUUGAUACCAAAAUAUUAUAAAGAACUUUUACCUAAUACUUGGGUUGAGAAUCAUCCAGCAUUACACAAAGGAUUAGCCGGUGCAACAAUAGCCUUAUUUGAAUCAUUUGUGACUUGUCCUUUGGAAAGAAUUAAGUGUUAAUUGAUGACUCAACAUUAAUCAAAAUCAAGUAAAUAUAUAAAUAAUAAUAUUAGUACUAAAAUAGCUAUGGAUAAAUGAGAGAACUUUAUCUCAUUUUGUGAGGAAUCUAUACACAGGAAUGGAAGCAAUGAUUUUAAAAUAAGUAGUAUCAUGGACGAACUAUCUUUAUUGGGAUCAUAAGAUAAGAUAUUUUUUUAAGGAGAGUCCGAAUCAGGCUCUUACUUUACCUUAAAUUGGAAUGUGUAGUUUAUUGACUGCAAUUCCAAAUAUCCUUUUGGUUUAACCAUUUGAUGCUGUUAAGACAGCUUAUUAAAUGGAACAAAAUGGAAAUUAUAAAUAAUUAACAAUCCCUCAAGCUUUUGUUAAAGUUUAUAAAGACAAAGGUUUGAUUGGGUACUAUGCUGGUUGGUAAUUGAGGGUGUCUCAAUUCAUUGUAUAGGCAGCCUUAACUACUCCAGUAAUGGAUUAUUUGGAAAGAUUACAUGGUAUUCCAAAUGAACUCUGAAAUUCAUAGUUAAUACUAUCAACUGAAU